AUGGCCGACGAAGCUUCACAACUUGCCGAGUCCGGCAUCACGAUGCAUUCCGACAGCGAGCAAUACUCGGCCGGCGAGGAGGUCUCGCCAUCUCCCGAGUCCUCUUCAUCUUCGACCCCUUUGAUCCUAUACAAGCCCCCGACUAUGUGGGGGUUGAUCCGAGGAGCCGCCAUCAAUCUGUUCCUACCAUUCGUCAACGGCAUGAUGUUGGGUUUCGGAGAGCUUUUCGCACACGAGGCUGCCUUCAGACUGGGCUGGAGCGGCACAAAGGUCUUUCCCCUUUCGAGGCGGACGGCACACCCCAUCGGACCCGGUAUCGAGAUACGAGAGAAGAGGUCGCAACCUACACCGGAUCUGCAAGAUCUCACCAGCAUGGAAUGA